AUGGUUUGGCAGCACGGUGACCACCACGAUAUUCCACGCCAGUGGCGCGUUUACAAGCCUGGCGCUUGGCUUCCGGCUGACCACCGUGUUCAUCGCGAAUAUCUUCGCCGCGUGACAGACCACGUCGACAAGCACCCCGAUGAAAAACUGACGCCAGCGCUGGAGGACCUCAAGGAAUUAAUCGAAGGUAACUCGAGAAUUUACAUGUACUUCACUCAGAUGUUCGAAGAAAUCCCCAACAAGCGACCGUACUGGCACGAUCCUACGGGCACCAAGCAGAUCCGCGACUAUCACCAUAUGCUCCAGGUGCUCAAUCACAUCGUCACCAGAGCUCCGGAAUGGACCGAUGCAGCUGAAAGCGCUGGCGUUGUUGGGGUGCCCUUUUGUGCGAUUCUCGACUAUCCCAUGGGUACGGCGAGCGGCCAUGCUGCCUUCUUGGACCCAGAGGUUAACAAAGCUAUCAAGAAGGUUCUAAACGAAUGGGGGAAGUAUCUUGAGUCUCCAGAAUCAGCAGAGGCUUUGGGGGAUCACAAACUUGGGUGGUUUGGCGAAACCGGCCAAAGCGAUCUUAUGGAAGUUGCCAAUGCCCCAUACAAGUCGUCCAUGAAAUUUGAAGAGAUGUAUGUCUGCGACCCAACCGCUAAAUUUCAUGGAUAUAAGUCCUGGGAUGACUUCUUCACUCGGAAGGUUCAUGACAAAGCGAGGCCGGUCGCAUCCCCGGAAGACGAUUCUGUCAUUGCGAAUGCAUGUGAGUCCAAAGUGUUCAACAUUCAGCGAGAUGCCCAACUGCGAGAUCGCUUCUUCGCCAAAGGCCAACCUUACUCCGUCCUGGAUAUGCUUGGACACGAUCCGCUGGCCCAGCAAUUCGCCGGUGCAACGGUCUACCAAGCGUUCUUAUCUGCGCUCUCAUAUCACCGCUGGCACUCUCCUGUCUCGGGAACCAUUCGACGCGCAUUUGUCCAGGAAGGCACCUACUUUAGCGAGCCAUUGUUCGAAGGCGUUGGCGAUCCGUCUAAUAAGGACAUUGAUACCGGCGGCAUUUCGGUCGGCCAAGGUUAUCUCUCCUCGAUGGCAACCCGGGGCAUCAUCUUCAUCGACGCCGACAACCCGGCCAUUGGUUUGAUGGCUUUCAUUGCCAUCGGUAUGGAUGAGGUUAGCUCCAUCGACAUAACUAUCAAGGAAGGGCAGCAUGUCAAGAAAGGCGAACAGCUGGGCAUGUUCCACUUUGGCGGUUCGACUCAUUGCCUGCUGUUCCGCAAGGGAGUCAACGUGUCCGGUUUUCCCGAAUUGGGCAGAAAGGAAAAUGUGCCUGUUCGUGGUAGACUUGCCGUCGUCACGCCCUAGGGAGCACGCCG